AUGUCACUCAUGAGAAUGGAAUCACAAAAUAUAGAACAAAAUGUUCCGAGUACAAAUUCUAGUGGUGAUAGUCCGACGACACUUAUCUAUGGUUUACCAUCUCUUUUCACAUCUGAGAUUUUAUAUGACGGACCCAAACGAUGUAUACUCAAGACAAAUGUGGAUAAGAUAUCUUCUAGCGGCACUUCAAAUAAUAUGAAUGGAGGCCAUGGAACAGAUACGGAUUAUACGGGAUUAUGCCACAAAGAAUGUUUUUCUGUCCCUCAUAUUCGUGAAUUAACAGACAGCACAAUAAAGGAAAAUGUGGCUAGCUCUCAAAGCAACGAAGCAAGAGGAUCUUGUGAUUCGGUGACAUGUUUUUCAGAACACGAGUUGUCCGACAUUCCUUUGAGUUACAAUGACGAAAACAGAGUGAAUUUUGAUGUAUCGGAUAUUUCGAAACAGUUGGUUCUAUUGUCCCCUUUUUCUGGAAAAAAGUUCGCGACCAUCCGUUCAGAUAGCAAUUAUGUCCCAAUUGCGUCUAGUUUUCUAACGGAAAAGGAUAGUGCUUGUGUUCGGUCCCCGGGUGUGAUGCAGCAAAGUACGUUACAGCCAAAACAUAUCACUGUAACAAUGCCUACUGUAGAAGAUGGUCUCUCAAGUGGCAGUGACACAGGUAGCCCGUGUCUUAUUUCAAGAUCUCACGUGAAAGACUGUUCAUUCGAUAUGCGCUCGUUUUCUGGUAGCCCUGAUUCAGUCACAGACAUUUACUGUGGGAGACCUACCACUAAUUCAAGUUCUGGGAGUCUCGAUGGAGAGCAUUUGCUAAAUCCUGCCAUAGUGCAAGAUAUUUCAAACGAUAUAAUGGAUAUUAAAAGGACUUUAGGUGCUUCUGACCACGCAAAAACAUACAUUCCUACAUGUGAACAAAAUGUUGUAAAUGCCGUAAAUACGAGCAAAUCAAUAGACCAAAAUAUCAAUCCAAAAUCUCCUGACAGAGUAAAUGGCUGUCAUUGUAUUGGGAUGAAAACCGGAUUCACACCUUCAGAUGUAUCUCAUGCUAAUAAAAUCUCUUCCUCUAGCCGUAAUUGGGAUAUGUUUAAUGACCACGAUAAAGAGAAAAAUACUGUUCAGGCUGUUGUAGAAUAUACGGAUGAAGGUACAUUUGACCAAGCUUCUUGUAAUGCUACUGAUAUUAAAAAUAAUAUUCUGGAAUCACCUACUGAUUUAUAUUCACACAGACAAAUGCACCGUUGGACAUUCCCUGCACAAGUACAUACUGUCUAUAGUUCAAGUGAAGAUGAAACUUCCCAUAGAAGUAAUACUAGUAAAUCUAUUCCUAAUAAAUCUGAAAUUAAAUCUCAUAAUAAUUCAGAUAAAGGACAAAAUACAAAAUGUUCAUCACCAUUAUCAUUUUCAUCGUUUGAGAAUUCAAAACAAAAAAGUCAGUAUAAAGCAUCAACCAGUUCAAGUCAUCCAGGUACGAUAGCAAAUAAAUUAAAUUCGAAGAGUGCAGCUCAUACUAAUGUUAAUUCUGAUGAAGUUUAUAAGUCACCCAUUUCACGACAGUCCGAUCGUCGAGACGGGGAUUUCGACAGCGAUGAGGAUACAGCUCAACUAUUAGAUAAACAGUAUCAAGCUGAUAAACAAGUUUAUAUUCCAGAAUUGAAAGAUAAGUCUUGCAUAGAGGCUGAUCGUCAACGUAGAGUUCGAGAAGUCUCUGUUCGACAUCCUGAACAACCAGAUGUUCUCAUACAUGGAUUAUUGUUUCGAGCUCAGUAUAUGGGAAGUACUCAGAUUUUAUGUAAUAAACAAUCAACACGAAUGUCUCGUAUGCUUCAAGCUCAAGAAGUAGUGAAUCGUAUCAAGGCUCCAGAUGACGAAUCACAUCCUAGCGUAACAGUUGAAUUGUUUGUCUCAACAGAACGUAUUAUGAUAUUAAACAGUAAUCUUGAAGAUAUUUUGAUUGAUCAUAAAUUACGUGCAGUUUCAUAUAUUGCUGAUAUUGGCGACUUAUUUGUUCUAAUGUCACGUCGAUUAGAUCCUUCAACACAAUCAGAUGAGUCUGAAGAUUAUUUUACGUCUAAUCAUCAGAAUAAUGGACCGAAAGAAAAUUCAAAUUAUAACGCCGAUAAUAAUAAUAAUACUGAGCAACAACACUCAGUAGUACCACCUAAUUCAAAUAUUUCCAGCGUUACAAAAUCAUCAAUGAUAGAAAAAUUAAAAAAGCCAAUGAAAAUGAUUUGUCAUGUGUUAGAAUCAACAGAAGCUCAGUUAAUUGCUCAAACAGUUGGACACGCAUUUCAACUUGCUUACUUAGAUUUUCUACGAGAAAAUGGUAUUGAAGAUUUAGGCAUUAUAAAACAAUUAGAUUAUGAUGAUAUUUUAAAACAACAAGAAAUAUUCUGUGAUGAACUUUCUUUAUUUUGUGAUAAAGAUAAUCAUAAAGAGGUUACUAUACCGAAACAAAAAGGUGAAUCAUUAGGUGUCGUAAUUGUAGAAUCUGGUUGGGGCAGUCUAUUACCAACUGCUUUAUUAGCUAAUAUGCAUCCAACUGGUCCAGCUGCACGAUGUGGACAACUGAAUAUCGGAAAUCAAAUUGUCGCUGUUAAUGGGCAAAGUUUAGUUGGCCUGCCACUUUUAACAUGUCAACAAAUAAUUAAGAAUUGUCGGCAAUCUACAAUCGUAAAAUUAAUGAUAAUCAGUUGUCCACCUGUUGUUGAAGUACUUAUUCGUCGUCCUAGUUUAAAUUAUCAACUUGGUUUCAGUGUACAAGAUGGUGUAAUUUGUAGCCUACUUCGUGGUGGUAUUGCUGAACGUGGUGGAAUUCGUGUAGAUCAUAGAAUUAUUGAAAUUAAUGGUGAAAGUGUAGUUGCUGUAUCACAUGAAAAAAUUGUACAACUUCUGGCUACUUCAGUUGGUGAAAUACAUAUUCGAACAAUGCCUACCUCAGUCUUCCGUCUAUUGACAGGACAAAUUAUUCCUCGGUAUAUAUGA